GAAGGUCUUCUUACUCUACUAGGCUACUACUACACGGAUGGUACUAAGACUGGGACUCUCUUUCGUCGAGUUGCAGUCACUAUCCAGUAGCUCGCACUCAAAACAACACGUGCCAUCGACUCCUGUGACUCUGACGAAUUUCUCGAUCCAUCCUCCAGUGUUUCUUUGUGUAUAUCUCACCAGUGCUACUGUUUGUCUCACUGGUGUACUACUUUGGUUAUGUCAACUUCUCCUUUAACACCGACGUGUCAGGUGUUGAACAAAGUCAUUUUUUGACAACUCACGAUCCCUCCCGCCCCGGAUCGGUUGUUCGCUCUGUCAGGAAGACAAUUGUGCGUCUUUCAAGUGUUUGGCGGAGGUGGGCGGAAUUGUACACCAAACAGAAAAAAAGUAAAUCCCCCAAAAAUCCUUUCGGGGAAUGGAUACCACCGCCACCACCACACCCACCGCAAAUAGUCAAGCCGAGCCUCGGUUCCGGUUCGCCAAUUAUUACUUAGCAUCCGGCAGUCGGGUGGUGUCGUCAGUGUCUUCUCGACUUCACCUGAACCGCCUGUCGCGACCGGACUUGUCAUUGGCUGAUUUGAGCGCCAACUGGCGCCGCCGAGUGCGAGUGCCGCGCCUGGCCGCUCCGCGCGUCGACUGGUCCCUAAUCGGUUCCCGGCUGCGUCUUGGCCUCUCUCGGGUCAAAGUUGAAGUGCCCGCCAUUAAAAUGCCUCCCAUCCGCAGCCGGCGAGGAUGGUGCGGCUGCUUCCAGAAAGACGAGCCGCCCGAAAUCACUUACUGUGUCGUCAACCAGAACGGCAUGAUGCACCUACAGACCUUAUCGCCAGCUCAACCCAUGCCGGAAGAGUCGGAACUGGAUGCCAAAUUCACCGAAUUACUGGAAGAAUUGGAUUUGACUCCACCCAACCGGGCGGCGAUGUUGGCUCUACCGGCGGAAAAGAAAUGGCAGAUCUACUGUAACCGGAAGAAGGAUCCUGGUCAGGAGUCUGACGUUUCUAAUCCGCCUGAACACUACAUCGCCAAAGUCAACACUAUAGCCCAGUUGGCGUUCUCAGAAGACGAUGCCGAAGAGAUGAGAAUUCGGACCAAGUUGGUGGAUAGCCUCAAGACGGCGCUAAGGACGCAACCCCAUUCGUUCGUCCAGCGCUUCAUCGAGCUGGACGGAUUGCCGUCGCUGUUGGGCGCCCUUGGCUCGAUGGACGAACUGACGGCCCAUUGCGGCCUUCACAAUGCAUAUAUUGGAUGCGUCAAAGCUCUUAUGAAUAAUUCAACGGGUCGGGCUCACGUGCUUGCCCAUCCGUCAUCCAUAAAAAUCAUCGCGCAAAGUUUGUCGGCUGACAAUCCUAAAGUCAAAAUGGCCGUUUUGGAGAUCCUCGGCGCCGUUUGCUUGGUGCCGGGAGGCCACCGCAAGGUGCUCGAGGCCAUGCUCCACUUUCAGGAGUAUGCCGGAGAGCGGACACGAUUUCAGACGAUAGUCAACGAUCUCGAUCGGAGCAUCGGAGCCUAUCGGGACGACGUUGGCUUGAAAACGGCUACCAUGUCGUUUCUGAACGCGCUGCUCAAUUACGGACCGGGCGAGGACAACCUCGAGUUUCGGCUUCACUUGCGCUACGAGUUACUCAUGCUCGGCAUCCAGCCAGCCAUUGAUAAAUUGAGAGCUCAUGAAAACCAAACCCUUGACAGACAUUUAGAUUUUUUCGAUAUGGUCCGAGCCGAAGAUGAAAGGGAAUUGGCUCGCAGAUACGAAGAGGUUCAUGUGGACACUAAAAGUGCGACCAGCAUGUUUGAGUGUCUGAGAAAGAAACUGACUCACACGCCAGCCUACCCACAUUUCCUCUCUCUCCUCCAUCAUGCCUUACUUCUUCCGCUCGAUUACGGAUCGCAUCCGUAUCAUUGGCUCAUGUUCGACCGCAUCGUACAGCAGCUGGUCCUGCAGGGUGAGUCGAGCGAAGAUAUUGAUGGCGCUCCAUUGGAGAUCAACGUGAAGGAAAUUGUGCAAUUAUUGGCCACUGAACAGGAAUUGCUGGCUGCCCAAAACAAAGCCGAAGAAUUUGAAAAAGAAAAUUGUGAUUUGGUCAACAUGUUGACACUCAAGGAACAGGAACUUGAUUUGCGACUCCAAGAGAAGGAGGAUUGUGAAGCUGGACUGAAUCGAUUAAAAGAAAAGUUCGAGCGCGAGACUGUUGCCCACAUGGAGGCCAAGCAGAAGAUCGCCGACAUGGAAACGUAUCUUAACGAGCUCGGCCAGCAGUUACAGAUGGUUCAAAAGGAUAAGAUGAAACUGGAGCACAUCCUCAAUCACUCCGGGACCAGCAUUCCUGACGACGCUAAAAACGGGUUCAAAGACUUCAAUUUCAGUCCACCGCCCGGCCUUGCUAAUUUCAUGAACGGGAGCAAGGGUUUCGAGAAUUCGAAAAUGCCUCCACCUCCGCCGCCACCGCCGCUUGGAGGUCCCCCGCCUCCACCUCCUCCGGGUUUUCCCAGUGCUAUACAGCCACCGAAACCCGUCGCUAAGAAGGAUGUCCCGCCUUCCUCUGUGCCUCUUAAGUGCUUUAAUUGGACCAAAAUCCCCGACACCAAAGUCGCCGGCACCAUUUGGACAGAAUUGGACGAAGCCAAAUUGUACAAAGUUAUCGAUUUGGGAGAAUUCGAUAAGCUGUUUUCCGCUUAUCAGAAGAACGGCCUGAAUAACCAUGAUGGCUCGACCGAAGAUUUGCGCCAGAUCACAACUGGUAAAUCUAAACAGCGUAACUUAUCGGUGGUUGAUGGUCGCCGCGCUCAAAAUUGCACCAUUUUGCUGUCCAAAUUGAAAAUGUCCAACGAAGAUAUUAUUCGUGCGCUGUUGAGUAUGGACAGCAAAGAAGAGUUGCCGAUGGACAUGGUCGAGCAGUUGUUGAAGUUCAUCCCCACCAACGAGGAACGGGCACUACUGGAUGAGCGGAGCAGUGAUUUGGAUUCCCUAUCGCGUGCCGAUCGCUUCUUAUAUGAUGUCUCCAAGAUAAGUCACUACGAGCAGCGUUUGAACACACUGUUUUACAAGAAAAAGUUCGCCCAGAGCGUCAGCGAAAUGGAGCCCAAGGUUGUUGCCGUCAUGGAAGCGUCAAAGGAAGUGGCUCGCAGCAAGAAGCUCAAAAAAUUGCUUGAGAUUAUUCUUGCGCUCGGCAAUUACAUGAAUCGUGGACAAAGGGGCAACGCCGUCGGUUUCCGCAUUUCCAGUCUCAACAGGUUGGCCGAUACGAAGUCAUCGAAGAAUACCACUUUGCUGCAUUACCUCGUCGACAUAUUAGAAAGCAAGUUCAAAGACGUGUUAAAGUUGCACGAAGACUUGCCUCAUCUGAAGCAAGCUUCGAAAGUCAGUUUGGUUGAAUUGGAGAAGGAGAUGAAUCAACUUCGCAGUGGACUGAAGGCUGUUGAAAAAGAAUUGGAAUAUCACCGUACUCAGAGCCACGCCACAACUGCUGGCGAUCGCUUUGUUCCAGCCGUGAAAGAAUUUAUGGCAUCCGCAACUUGUCGCUUUUCUGAUUUGGAGGACAAGUUUCAAGACAUGAAAAAUAGGUUUGAGAAAGUGAUUGGAACUCUGGGAGAUGAUCCAUCGACCGCACAACCCGAUGAGGUCUUUGGUGUUUUUGGUGUGUUCCUCAGCUCGAUGGAAGAAGCUCGACAAGAAAAUCUGACAACCAAAAAACGCAAAGACGAGGAAGAAAAGCGACUGUUACAGGAAGCAGAGCUUCGUAAACGGACAAUUGAUCGAAAGUCCAGCAAAGAGGCCAUGCUCAAUAGAGUGUCGAAAGGUCUGACGAUUGGAAACGGUCAGAACGGAGGAUCUAACGGUUGCCACGUCAACGGCGAUAAAGGAGAAUUUGACGACCUGAUUUCGGCGUUGAGAGCAGGAGACGUCUUCGGCGAGGACUUGGUUAAAAUGCGUCGGAAUCGUCGCCGUGCAAAUGGUUCUCCUCACCGUAUCAGUCAGACGAGCAAUUCUUCAGUUAGAGAUUCAAGAGAAAACAGCAGAGAAAGGGCUCUGAAUAGGAAAUGAAAUGUGAAUUGAUCACAACUCGUUGGGGAGUUGAGGGUUGGCUGCCUAAGUCUCUGCUAACAUGUACAUUUGCGUUGAUAAGGACAUACUACGUAUUCGUGACUUUUUCAGCAAACACAUAUCGCCCAAUGCUAAGAGAAAUCGGGAAAAUUAAUAUUUUUGUAUGCGGAGCGGAGCGCAUCUUGAAUGUCGCCUAAUGUGUUGCGUUUAUUCCCCUGAAUAUUUCAAAUAGCACCGCGGUUUCAGUAGUCAACGAAAGAAAGCGUAUCGAUUGAGCUCAUUAUAAUUAAUGAAGUUAAGUUUGACAGUUUGGCUUUCUUUACUGCGUUUGUAAACGUUCUUCAAUUUGACAUUUACUUUUUAGAAUGGUGUACUUCCCCUCCUAGUCAGUUGCUUUGUUUGUUUUCUUCUUUUGUUAAAUCCGCAUUAAACGGAUUUUACGAUUGGAUUUUCAGAACCCCUUCUGAAUAAUUUAAAACCCGAGGACCACAUUUUUGUUCAGACUUUUCUGAAAGUUCUGAUUCAUAUCUCGCGUGUCGUGCCAAGACAUUUGAGAUGUUGUAAUUCAUCGUGCACAUUAUAAUAUUCUUGUUUGUUUUGUUUUCUUGUGAGGAAAUGAAGAUAAGGAUCAACAUUACUUUGCGCUUUGAAUUUGUAUAUAAUUGUAAAGAAAAAUGGGAUCGAGUCAAUCGUCAAUACACGAGUCUAAUAUUACAGAAAUA